UAAAGUUCGAUACUGAUCCGUCACCAAAAUGAAAGUUUCUAAGUAAGGUUUGCUUUUGACUUUAAACUUUGAACGCCCUCAAAUGAUCUUGAUGGUAACAUCGAAGCACCGGGAGAUAAGUGAGGUUUGUUGACAGCUGACUGCCGCUCUAUUGCAGAGAUUCCAGGAUGGUUGACUGGGGAGAAAGAUGGGGGGAGGUGAGAAAAUUGCUAGAGCGACCGGGCCCUUUCACCCAUCCAGACUUUGAACCUUCACCAGAUACUUUGAAGAUGCUUCAGGAAAAUAUUAAAGUGCUCAUUAUAGGUGCUGGUGGAUUGGGAUGUGAGCUUCUGAAAGACCUUGGACUCAUGGGCUUUACAAAUCUUCAUGUGAUUGAUAUGGAUACCAUUGAUCUUUCGAAUUUAAAUCGCCAGUUCUUAUUUAGGAAAAAAGACAUUGGACGCCCUAAGGCUGAAGUGGCUGCGGAGUUUAUAAAUCAGCGAAUUAAAGAUUGUAAAGUUACAGCCUAUUACAACAAGAUUCAAGAUUUUGACGACGAUUUCUACAGAAGGUUUCAUGUGGUGGUUUGUGGGUUGGAUUCAAUAGUUGCCCGUCGCUGGAUAAAUGGCAUGCUCUUAUCUCUUCUAAAUUAUGAAGAUGGGAUGCUAGAUCAGAGUUCUGUUAUCCCAUUGGUUGAUGGUGGAACAGAGGGUUUUAAGGGUAAUGCGCGUGUGAUAUUGCCUGGCAUGACUUCUUGCAUAGAAUGUACUCUUGACCUCUUUCCCCCUCAGGUAAAUUUCCCCUUAUGCACAAUUGCUCAUACUCCUCGAUUGCCUGAACACUGCAUAGAAUAUGUGCGAAUUCUUCUGUGGCCAAAAGAAAACCCAUUCAGUGAAGAUUUAGCGAUUGAUGGAGAUGAUCCACAACAUAUUAACUGGAUUUUUGAAAAAGCACAGAAAAGAGCAGCAGAAUAUGGUAUAAGUGGUGUUACGUAUAGAUUAACUCAAGGAGUUAUCAAAAGAAUUAUACCUGCAGUGGCCUCAACUAAUGCUGUUAUAGCAGCUGCAUGUGCAUCGGAAGUUUUCAAACUGGCCACGUCUGCGUGUACCCCAAUGAACAACUAUUGCGUUUUCAAUGAUACUGAUGGAAUCUAUACAUACACAUAUGAGCAAGAAAAGAAGGAUGACUGUGUUGCAUGCAGUCAAGUACCCCAAGCCUUAGAAGUCAGCUUGAGUGAUAAGUUACAGGAUAUCAUCAAUAUGCUGACAGAGUCUGCUCAGUAUCAGAUGAAAAGCCCCGGUUUGCAAGCAAUGGUUGGUGGUAGAACUAGGUCUCUUUAUCUUCAUUCACCAGCUUCCAUUGAGGAAAAACUUCGUCCUAAUCUGAAGAAAACUAUUGAAGAAUUGAGUUUGCGGGAUGGGAUGGAGAUUGCUGUAGCCGAUGUUACCAGUCCAACAACAAUUCUUUUCAAGUUGAAAAUCAAGUCAUGAAAUGGCUUGUUCUUCAUUUUCUUACGAGUUUGUGAAGUUAAAUGAUCUGCUGUGUUCAUUCUUCUUGAAUCACUUAUGAAAUAUACCAACAUCCGGAAAUCUUUUAUUCCUUUGUUUUACAUCAGGUACAAUAUUUUUAAAAUGGUUUAGUAAGUAACAUUUUAUAGUAGUCCUUCUGUACGCUGAAUGUUAGGAACUAAGGUGCCUUCUGACCAUAGAAAUUCAUAAGUCUUUAACUCUUUUUAUAUCUUUUAGUAAUAGGGGUUAAUUUUUAUGUCAAGUGUUUUCAUAGUUAUUUUGUUACAAAUAUAUUUUGUAAUAAAGUUAGUUGGUAACGAUAUCCUUAAGCUUGACUAGAACUGAACUGCGUAAUUAUUCAUACUUCAGUACUGGAUUUUUUAAACUAUUAUGAUGCAAGUGAAUUUUCAUAUGAAUUUUCAAAUGAAUUUUCAUACUUAAACCAAAAAGUAUUAGUCAUACUAUUCAGUGACUGAAAGUAGAGUUUGUGUUGAUUGUGUAAAUUUGAAAAGAAAAUUUUGUUACUUUAUAUAGUCUCUUCUACAAAACUGUCAUGCAUCUUAAUAGUGGUUAGGUAAAGUAAUUUUUUACAACUGCUAGGUUCCACUUAAACAGAAGCAUUGCUAUAUUAUGUUGUGUAUUCUAUAAAAAUCAUUUUUGUAGGAAACCAAAUUAGACCUUAUAUUCAGCUUCCAAUUUAUCCAAAAUUCCCUUACAAUUAUCAAUAGACAGCUCUGUGUGAAAGAUCAUGAAAUACAGUGUCUUCUGUGACUUUGAGUAAAAAUUCAUAUUGGCCACUCUUUAGAUCUAAUUUUUUCCUGUCCUGGGGAUAAUUUAUCUUUUUGGUAUAAUUAACUAAUGGGUUUUUUGCAGCAGUAGCCACUUUGUAGCUGAGUUUAACUAGACUACUAUGCCCAUUUGAGAAGUAAAUAGUAAACUUUAAAAAAGGAAUAACAGGAUAAACAAAGAGGAUGGAUAAUACAAGCAAAGUAAGUAAGACUAAUAAAUAAACUAUGUAGUGAGAUUCAUGUUAACCUGCUCACCCAGAAAGCAUUUGUACCAAGUUUGAACUUCAGAAAUUCCUACAAUUAAAUUGAGGUCUUGUUCAAUAGGAA